GUGUUACACAAUUUGACAGAUUUGCUUUUGAACACACAUCCAAGACUUAAAAGUAUCUUUGGUGGCACCAAAGACACAAAUCCACAGGUGGGGGUGGGCAACACAAAUUGGCUGUUAUUCCUCCUGACUCAAAUGGAUACAAUGGGUAGCAGCUAAAAGGAGUGAGUGGAAAUGGAAAGCGUACACUGUACAUAGCUCCUUUACAAGAGCAAAUUGACACCACUCCAUUACCAGCAGAAGCAAAAGAAUUUGAAAACAUGCCCAAAGCCUCAUGCACCAUCUGCAGAAAGAUGGUUCCACUUCAGGCUCUUCCAGUACACAUCAAGAGCUGCAGGAAGGAGAAUAUAGAUCUGUGCAGCACUUCUGAGGAUGAAGCCUUCACCCAGGACCAUUUGCCACCAGUGUGCCCAGAAAACCAGGCAGAGCUGACUGCCGAGUGUCCUGUGUGCAGAGGUGCAUUCGACAUUGAUGUAACUGAGACUCAUGCAUCUGACUGUGGAUUACGGGCUAUUGUACUGCACUCAGCCAUGAGAGUUGUCCCCAUGCUUGACCAGCUGAGAAAAGGCCUGCAGCUGUAUGACCUGCUGACAGUUAUGAAGACACACCCAGACCUUUGUCUGUCACUGUUUGUUCCAGGGGAAGAUGAUAGGGUGGAUGCAGCCUUUGUCCUGGAAAAAUGUCAACCUGACUUCAGUGAGAAGGGCUCUGUGAAGUACAAUAAAGAAAUAAACAUCAUGAACUUUUUCCAAGACUUCCUACAAGAGAUUGAAGAUUGUGAACAAGGUGGCCGGAGUGACCAGGAAAGUAGUGAAGCUCUACAGGAAGUGACUGUUGGCAGAAUCAUGCAGUGGAUGACAGGACAGGCCCACAAGCCUGUUCUACCAAGUGAGAAGAAGGACUUCAUAAUAUCUGUGAAAUUCUACCAUGAUUGUGACACAUCAUACCAUUUGUUUUCCAACUGUAAGUGAAUGUAGUCGCACAAUUCCAUUUCCAGUUGCUCACCUGACAACAUUUGAUGACUUCAAAAACGUUAUGGAAAUAGCCAUAUCACAUGGACAAUCCUUUCAUAGGGUGUGAGAUACUCGACAGUUCUUGAUGAAAUGACAGUGUAGUUACGAGCCAGAGCCAAAACCAAAUGUUGUUUAUAUAUUUUAUGCCGGUUUUUCUGAUGUUUUACCACAUUUCCUGUUCAAGGUUACUUUUAAGUGUUGUUCAACAUCUGGUCCUGUUAAAAUACAUAAAUUCUCAUCAGGUUUGGAUGUUAACAAAUCUGUUUAAUAAAUUUUACAAGGAGUACCAUGGAGUCACUUUAUACUUUAGUCAUUUCUGUGUUGCCCU